CGUCACUGGCGUCAGUUUUCGGGAAAUCUUCCCUCUUUCCUACAAAAACACGUACUCGUCAUAUUUAAACUCUUCAUCUGAAGCUUCAUCUGUGAUUUACUCAUUUAAUCCGGUUGCUCUUGUUUGUCACUGAGGAUUUUCAAGUAGUGAGGUGGAGCUUCUCUUGACUGCAGUUUAUAUCUACAGUAACAGAGUCAGAAUGACGAACCGCUGUGGUCUGAUGACUCAAAAAAACCUGCCAGUUCCUCUGAAGAGCAUCUCAGUGGAGGUGCAGGUCAAGGGUCAUGUAGCCACAGUCACCUCCACUCUGCAGUAUGUGAAUGAGGAAGAGCGCCCCCUGGAGGCCUUGUUUGUGUUCCCUCUGCCUGCUGAUGCUGCUGUCUGUCACUUCAGUGCCAAGAUCGGAGAGCACGAGAUUGUGGCAGAGCUGAAAGAGAAACAGACCGCGAGAGAUCAGUAUGAUGAUGCUGUGAGUUCAGGUCAGCAGGCGUUUCUGUUGGAAGAGAGUGAAGAAAGUUCUGAUGUGUUCAAACUGAGUGUUGGGUGUCUGUCACCGGGUCAGAACGCCGCCAUCAGCAUCACAUACAUCACUGAACUCUCUGUGCAGGCCGACCACGCGCUGCGCUUCUGUCUGCCUGCUGUCCUCAACCCCAGAUACACACCAGCAGGUUCAGCUGCUGGAAUAGUUUCAGAGAUUUCAUCAGUAUGUGACUCUGUCCCCUACACUCUGACUCUUAGUGUUCAUGUGAGCUCUCCAAAGCCCAUCUCCAAACUAGAGUCCAACUGCACUCUGGAUCCUCUAGUGUUCCUCGACUCGCAUCACACUCACGCUACGGUGAAUCUGAGUUCUGGGCACAAGUUUGAUAAAGAUGUUGAGUUGUUUGUGUACUAUGAGAAUACCCAUCAGCCCACUGCUAUAGUGGAGGCAGGAGUGACCGCUGCUCAACCAGGUUCUCUGAUGAGUGACCCAGUGGUGAUGAUCAGUUUGUACCCAGAAUUCCCAGAGGAAGUGAUGUCAUCAUUAGCAACUCAGGGCGAGUUUGUUUUUGUGAUUGACAGAUCGGGCAGUAUGGACUGCGUGAUGCAUCAUGGUGAAGGAGCACAGAUGCGUAUAGAAAGUGCAAAGGAAACUCUGCUGUUACUGUUGAAGAGUCUGCCCAUGGGCUGUUACUUCAAUAUCUAUGGAUUUGGCUCUCGUUAUGAGUCCUUCUUCCCUCAGAGUGUUGUGUACAAUCAGGACACAAUGGAUCAGGCACUGAAGAGAGUCAGUGAAAUGAGAGCAGACAUGGGCGGCACAGAGAUUUUACAGCCUCUGAAACACAUCUACAGUCAACCCUGUUACCCCGAACACCCCAGACAGUUGUUUGUCUUCACUGAUGGAGAGGUGGGGAACACUAAAGAGGUUCUGGAUCUUGUGAGACGCCAUGUUCACUCUCACAGGUGUUUCUCGUUCGGGAUUGGUGAGGGUGCGAGUAGCGCCCUCAUCACAGGAUUGGCCAGAGAGGGAUGUGGCCACGCCCAGUUCAUCACCGGCACUGACCGCAUGCAGCCCAAAGCGAUGCAGUCUCUCAGGUUUGCUCUGCAGCCUGUAGUGAACAAGAUCUCUGUGCAGUGGAAAGUUCCAGAUGGCAUCACUGUUGACACGCUGUCCCCACCCAUCAAUGUCAUCUUCCAGGGUCAAAGGUCACUCGUUUAUGCCCAGAUUAAAGGACAGAGUUCAGAAAGCUCUGAAGGAUCAGUGAUGAUACAAUACAACCUGAAAGAUCAACCAGUGACAAACCAGCUUCACUUCUGCCUUAAACCAGCUGAGGACACUGGGUUGAUGAUCCACCGUCUGGCGGCUCGGUCUCUGAUUGGUCGUCUGGAGCAGGAGGAGAGGGCAGGAGGUGCAGAGGUGGAGUCUGUCAGGAGCAGGAUGGUGAAGCUCAGUGUUGAAGCAGGAGUGAACAGUGUUCAUACAGCCUUCAUUGCCAUUAAUAAACACAACAGAGAGACUGUGAAAGGACCUCUCAUACAGAGAAGAAUACCAACACGAGAAUCGUUUCAAGCAUGUUUCUAUGCACCAGAUGUAACGGCAAGUGGGAUGUCCAUGUGCGCUCCGAGUUUUCACGAUCUUUCCAGGGCUUCCAAUGAAGCACGCUACCUUUCGCUAUCUCCUGCUGUUUAUUCAUACUCAUACAAAGCUCGGUCUGCAGCAGUGGAUUUUGUUAACUCACAGGAAACUGAAGACAAGUAUAGAAAAGCGUGCAAGAGAAUGGCCGACUCCGCUUCACCACAAUGGGCAGCACCUGAGCCUCAGAAGGACUCUUUUCUUCAGCUGGUGUCUCUUCAGAAGGCCUCGGGCUGCUGGGAGAUGAACUCUGCGCUGGCACAAGUGUUUGGAAAGACAGAAGAUGAGCUGACCAAUCAGAAACCAGCACAGGUGGACGGCUCAGUGUGGGCCACUCUUCUGGCUCUCAUCUGGUUAUACGGAUAUAAAAUGGAGCAUCAAGUUGAGUGGCAGUUUGUGGCCAUGAAGGCGGCAUCAUGGAUCCGCUCUCAGAACGUGGGCGGUCUGUCUCAGUGUGUGUGUGAUGGGAAUGUUCUGCUGGGAUGUCAGGUGACACAAGAGACUUUGGGAAUCUGAAGACUUCAGUGUUUCUACCGCAUGUGCUGUCAGAAGGCCAAACAACUCAUAUGGUUCAUUUAGUUUAUAUUUUUAGUUGUAAAGGGUGAAUACCAUCCUCAAACAUAUCAAUUCUGUUGCAAGUGAUGAUAGAAUAAAAUGACCAGAGUUUAUUGAAUAAUCUGAGUUGUGUUUCUAUGCUCAGUCUGACUUCAACGGGUGUUAUUACAGUAUACUAACUACUUCACAACAUUGUCUUUCUUGUGUCAUUAUUAAGAAUUGGGCCAUCUGAAACCCGUAUCUACUUGUAAAGAAAAUAGGAUGCAGAAUAGGACUCACUGUAACACAAGCUAUCCCUUAACACUCUCAUUUAUGUCAAAAUACAGAACAAUCACGGUAACAGUACAGAGACAUAAAAGCUGUUUAUACUGCUUCUUUAAACUGUAUUGUAACUGUAUACGAAGGUCAUUUUUAAUUCGAUCCUGAGAACAUUUUGUGACUUUCUUAACAGUACA